AGUAGGAGGGAUUUCAGUGGCCCCCAUUUGACCGUCGAUUGCCAUAUUUGGCACGGCUCGCGUCUAAAUAUGGCCGGGCCGGCCCACCGCCCCGCGCGCGUCGCUCCACUUCCGAUUCUAUUAUUUCUAUUUACGAAAUAAACUCAAAAUAAAAGCUCUAUUUUAAUACAGGAUUUCGGGCACUGAAACUCGCGGCGUCCCGGUGCACGCUUUUCCUACAGUUGUGUCAGAUUACGGCCCUGGUGCGCCGUCUCGCUCGCGGAGAGUAUCGGUUCGUGCGUGUGAGCGGGACGGCUAGCGGUGGAGGCGCGCGGGACGCGAACGUCGCGAAGUCAGUCACGGUCCGAGCGGCCGACCCGUCAGUCCCGCCCUCGGUUCAUUCGCGUUUUCGGUCAGUCUCCGUUCGGCAUUUCGAACGGUGAGGUGUGUGAAGCGCGUGCGCGCACCGUUUACUGUGGCGUACUGUGAGGUUAUGAUGGACGCGCCCGGCGGAGCGCGGGAGCCCCGCUUCGGGUCGCCGUAUGGGAUGGGUCUCCUGGGAGACGUGGGGGACAUGUACGGCGCGGGCCGGGCGCCCGGCUCGCUCGGCGGUGGCUCGUUGCGUCCGGGGCUGCAGCCCUGCCCGGGCCCGCGCGGCGUGAAGCGGCCCUCCGACCAGUGUUACGACGAGCGGCCGUCCCAGAGCCUAGGGCUCGACCACUGCCCCAUGCCGGACAUAGCAGACGAUGGCUAUGCGUCUCUUCAGCCGAAGAAAUCACCCCCGUCUAAUGGCAAGAAAACCAAAGGCCGAGUUAAGAUCAAGAUGGAGUACAUAGACAACAAACUACGGCGGUACACCACGUUCUCGAAGCGAAAGACGGGCAUAAUGAAGAAGGCGUACGAACUAUCAACCCUGACGGGCACACAAGUGAUGCUACUAGUGGCCUCAGAAACGGGGCAUGUGUACACGUUCGCGACGCGGAAGCUGCAGCCCAUGAUCACUUCGGACUCGGGCAAGCGGCUCAUCCAGACGUGCCUCAACUCGCCCGACCCGCCCACCACCAGCGAGCAGCGCAUGGCCGCCACCGGCUUCGAGGAAACCGAGCUCACCUAUAACGUAGAUAACGAGGAUAUGAAGGAGGAAGAGUCGACAGCCAAAGAAGGUUGCAAGGACGAGCCAGCGUCAUCGGGUGACAGUGGUGACGAAAGCGGCAGCGAUCCCGAGUCUCCAAGUGACAAGAUCAACCAAGCGGCUUUUAAACAGGAGUGGGCUUGCAAUAGCAGUACUGAACGGGAAGGCGGUAGCAGGGAACCACAAGCAUCCACAUCAUCGACCACUCAAGAAGCAGACAGCAGUAAAACCAGUCAACCAUCGAUGCCAAAGAUCUUGCCAAAGAUAGACUUGCCAGGAGGCGCGAUGCUGUACCCAGGGGUAUUAGCCGGGGUGGGACUCGACGGGUUGGGUUCGAACCUGGGCCUGGGUAACUUGGCCAUGGGGUACCCGCACAGUUUCAUAUUGGGACUCGCUAACCAGGGACAAGAGGGUGCGUCAUCAUCAAACCAACCUCAGUUCAUAACCAUCCCGCUGUCAAUGGCGAUGGGCAACCCGCAGGCUCCGAACGGUUGUCCAAGCGCCUCUAGCGAUGAUAGCAGCGAGUUGCAAGAUCUUAGCACUGGUGGGAGGAAGUGAGGUGGCGAAUAAAAUUGUUAAAGUAAUAAUUGCUCCUAAUUAUUUUCAACUCAGUAUAUUCUCAGGAUAUCACAUUGUUAUCACGAAAAAUGCUAGAAAUAUUCCGUAAAUUGCAUGUCAGUUAUAAAUUGUAAUAAUUACAUAAUGUUUAAAUUACCCCAAGAUUUAUAUACGAAUUUCAUUUAAAAUGUUUUCGUUAUGUGUAAUAUAAUCUGUACUUAAACUUGCCUAAAAGUAUUUGUGUAAGCCACUGUAUCAUUAUACAUGUGUAACAUAUGUAAAUGAAACUAACGCAAACCUGGUUUGCAAACUCUAUGCUUCAUACUGUUAGUAACCUAGGGUGUUUUGUAAAAAAUAACUAUUUUUAUACAAAAAUCCGUAUAAGAUAAUUUAUUAUCAAUGACAGUCCAAAUCUAAAGGGACCUUUAUGGCGGUCGGCGCUUACACCAUUAUUAGCGGCGCGCCAUUACUAAUGCGGUACUACGCGAUGGAAACGCCAAUCCCCAUAAGGUUCCUUUUGAUUUGGACUGUCACAAUGCAGUUUUUGGGUUUGUUAAAUUUAACAGAAAGGAAACAAAUAUUAUGAACAUACUCGUUUGUACAAUAUUUAAUUAUUUUUUACCAUAAAGUUACCUGCAGUACUAAUUGAUGUUUCUGUCCGAAUUUUUGACAUUUGCGCAGUGCAGUCGGCAUCAAUGCCGCGCCGCAUUAUUGCAGCAGCAGCUUCAAUUACUUCUGGUACCUCCAUGCAAGGUGCCCACGAGGAACUCGAGAGAUUUUAACCUCGCAUUUCUGAGGAUUUCACAAGAAAAAAUUUUUUUUUCGUUUUUUUUUUGUAUUUGUACAUAAAAUGUGGUCAAAAAGAGUUUGAACGUUUUUUUUUUGUGAAGUGUUACAUGUCACUUUUUGACAUCUAUCAAUAAGGAUAUUUGGUCCCAGUCCCAUAGUGGCAACAUCGACAUCAAAAUGGCGUUUUGCACUAAGUAACAAUAAAAAGAUGCUUUUUUGGAAGUGGUUUAAACUUUGAAAUUAGGUGAAUUAUAAAAAAUGAUUAUAGGACAUUAUAGUCUUUAAAUAUGGUCAGGAAUAUACCGUUUUCUUGCAAUGCUCACGGGCACCGUAUAUUGAUUUGCUCGGAGAGUACAAUAAGACGUUCUUCACAUCAAACUGCUGUAUCUCAAGGCCUUCUUUAGCUAUUAUAAUCUGAAUCCGAAUGGUACCUCAUCAAACCAAACGACCUACGGGUUUUUUAAUAAUAUUACGAGUAUUUCAAGUAAUUUUCUAACUAUCAAAUUAUUCAUUGAUAUUAGCAAAAUAUUGUGAUUGAAUGUUUUUGUCUAAGUAAUAAUAUUAUAACCUCGGCUUACAAAUAUUUAGUCAAAAUUAUUCUGUAACUUAUUUUCAAAUACGAUUCCUAGUUUUAGCAUUAGGAGUGAAUAAUUAUGAACUUUUUUGAUAAGUUUUUUUUAACCAUUAUUGAUUGUAAGAAAGUUUUGUUCGAAUUGAUUGUAAGUUUCCGAUAUUUUCUACCGAAUUAAAUUUAAGUUACGUUACAAAUCCUAAAAAAUCAAGUCAUUUUACAUAAAAUAUGCAAAACAUGUUACAUUACAUUAAGAAAUUAUUAUAGCGCAUCGUAUCUAAUACAUAUGGUUUGCGGGCCUAACCAAGAUAACUAUCUUAAAUAGACAAAUGCCCGCCAAAAUAAAAUAAAAAUGUAUCGGGAUGUAAACGUCUCAUGGCUAAAAGGUCCAAACUAGAUACUCUGUAUUUUUGAUCCUAGUUUGAAUAUGAAAAUCGCAUUUAUUCGUUACAUUACUUAAGUUAACAUCUAAACCGAAUACAAUUGAAUACCGAUUAUCACUGAAUAUGCUUCCAGAUAAUUUCAAAAGUACCCUGGUACUUGCGGAGCAAGUUGUACGGGUGGAAACUGGUAUGACGUCAUUAUUAUGCAUCUCAUUAGACACAAUGCGGUUUACCAAAAACCACAACUGAGGAACACACUACACACAUUGACGUUAUUAUGGAGGUCGAUUAAGCUUAGUAAUGGAUAUGAUGAGCCGAUUUUAUCCAAAUGUUAUCGAACUCUGACUUAGAAAAAUCGACUACAAAAUAAUAAUCGGGUUUAAUCUGUCAGUUGUCAAGCAUUCAUUUAUAUCCAAUUAAUAACAAGAAAUAAGUAUGUUGAUGAGCUUCUUGGUUGGAUUAUUUAUUGAAAGGAAAAAUCUUAAAGAGUCCCUGGCAAGCUCGGACGAAAUUUACUUUCCCAUACAAGAGUAUCGUUCUCAUUUCAAAACUACAUGUUGGAUUGUAUUGAAACUUUGCACAUACAAUGACAUGAGGUAUGAGUCCUGUGAUUAGUUAAUAAAAUAAACGAAAUAAAGCAAAAACAAGUUUUGUAUGAAUAACUUAAAUUCGCUUUAUAUGUUUAAGUAUGGUACCUGAAGCUACAUAAACUAAUUACAGAACUAUAUAUACCUUAUCCUAUUGUUGGUACAAAGUUUCAUAGCAAUCUAGCUAGCCUAAAAUGAGAGCGUAACUACGUUUGUAUGGAGAACCGAGCUAACUGAGGACCGUGGGGACCCUUCAAUUAUGCGGAACUCUGUUUUCUUUUUAACGGAUCACGAUGGGUCUUACUAAAAGUCUGCAAAGUAAUCAAGUUUUUCUUGUUUUGUCAAUCUUGACUGAACUUAAAUAUUCGAUACCUAUACCAAUUUCGAUCACAUGCCCUAAAUGUAGGGCAAACCUUGGCUAUUUGGUGAUACAUAUUAGUUAUUCGGUGAUAGUCAGUUUUAUUGUCUUUUAGCCAUAUUACACCACAUUAGCCACAUUCGUGCUAUUUCUUAGACAUCGUUUUAAGCAAUAAAAUUACAGGGCAACUUGGCUAAAAGACAAUAAAACUGACUAUCACUGAAUAGCCCGCCAAGUAUCACCGAAUAGCCCAUGUUUGCCCUACUUACUUUAGUGUGGUUAUUUUGAUAAGGUGAUUAAAUCGGUAUUUAAUUGUAACUAUGUGUUAUAAUUUUCGCGCAUCAAAGUCAUUCUGUUAAGCGCAGAUUUCCUAUGAAUGUUUCUUUUUCUUUUUAUAGUAAAUAAAAAUAUAAAAUUUAA